AUGGCGCCGUCACUACCCUCGCUACCUGGCAACUUUGCGACCGCGCAGGAGCUCAUCGAUCAAGCACACGCGCAGGACCCCAACAAGGUCAAAGGCAAGGACGGCGCAGAGACAGACGCCCCCUAUGAGCUGCACUAUGCCAAGAAGAUGACGGCCUGGCUGGCCAAGCGAGCGCCAGACGCCUCGCCGGUGCUGCAACUUGCGUGCAGGGCCCAGCAUUUCCGGAGAUGGGAGAUCCCUCGGAGUAGCUACCCGAUGACCCGGCCGGGCUACCUGACAUGGCGGGCGAAGCUCAAGGCCCAGGCCGCCGUGCAGGUCGCCGAGCUCCUCCGAUCGUCGUCCAUCAGGCCCCCGAUCCCCGAUGCGGAUAUCGACCAGGUCGCGGCGCUGAUCCGGAAGGAAGGCCUGGCCGGCGGCGAGGAGGACGAGGAGGUGCAGGUCCUGGAGGACGCGGCUUGCCUCGUCUUCCUCGACGACCAGUUCGAAGCGUUCGAGACCAGCGUCGACGAGGACAAGAUGGUGGGCAUCCUGCGCAAGACGUGGGGCAAGAUGAGCCCUGCCGGACGGGAUCUGGCACUGCAGAUGGACCUGGGCGACAGGCCCAAGGAGCUGGUCGUCAAGGCUCUUGAGGGGAGCUGA